CAGUUGAACUGUGAGUUUACGUCGGGAUGGUACGUCGACUAAACGGUGUCAGGAAGCGUUCCGUAAUUUGGCGCGCGACCAACUACUAAAUCGUAUCUUCAAAAGCACUUUCACUUGAUGAAUUUUGGGCUUAUUACAUUUCAACACACUGCACCCAUAUAGACUCUCAAAAUUUUAAUAAAGUGUCUAACAGUAUACCACUCAAAUUAAAAGUACUGUCACAUACUACCGAUUGCAAUCAGUUAUUAGAAUAAAAUUCUCUAAAAUUUGUGAACUGGUGAAUUUUGAGUGUCUGACCAUAAAAAAUAUGCAGUGUGCAUAUUGCAAUUUCCCAGUGAUUCCACGGGUGUCAAUGAGUGUAUUUUGUAUGUGACAGCGAAAAUUGGAUUCCAUCACCAGGCAUCGGCUUCAUCAUCACCAGGAAUAAUAUAUCAAUGAAGGGUGCUACUUCAUAAUCGAGGCGAUUCAAAAGAUUUCCUGUUCGUAUGUUCAUCUGAAAAAUUCAUGCAAGUACAUGUGGAUUCUUCCGGUGGAAGCUGACAAAAGCGACAUGUAAGACAACAAUUGAUGAAUUGGAGGUGAAGAAAAAAACAAGCAGAAAUUCAAUUGGCAAUUGUUUCAAUACCCUUGAUGUCUAUGAAGUUUUGUAUGGAUUAAUUGAAUGAAACCCGACGAUUUCUUGCACAAGUGACCAUGCAAAAUAGCACAAAUGUUGCAUUAUGUCGAUGAUGAGGCAACUCAAUCCAAGAAAGUAAAGAGUUGAGAAAUAUGGAGCGACGGACCCGGCCACCGGACGUCGAGGAGGCACUCUCCUCAAUGCUCUGGACACCAUACGAAAGGACACCUUCAGCAACAUCCUCCGAUGAGGGUGAAACAUCACCCAAUCGUACAGUUAAAAGCAGACCUAAGGGAAAAUCCGUGAGCUUCUCGGCCCGACCCUACAGCCUGCCCUACUUCAUCCAGACUCCACGGCAUCCGCUUGCCAAACCACCAUCUUAUGAGAAUUUCGCGUUCACGAAGAAGAUCACCACCACACCAUCGAUCAACAACAACAGCUUGCCUUACUCGAGAAUCCCACAUUCGUUCACAGAUAAUUUCGUCCAGUACCAGGAUUCUGUGGUGCCGGUGGUUGUGAGCCAAGGUGGCGCCUUCGGAGCCCACCCGAGUCGCUUCUCGGCGGGUGAUUUUGGAGAUUUGGUGGAUUUGUCGUCAUUGACUGGUCGCAAGGGUGACUGCGUGAUGUAUGCGUCGUCGUCGGGCUGCCAUGGAGACCUACAUUCAUCCAAAUGCGACACCAUCGUGCCUGCCCGAGAGGCUCCGACGGCAAAAAACACACUCGCGGAUCUACCUUCAGUGUUUGGGGUCAGUAAACCUCGUGGUGAUCGGUGCUCGGGUGUGUGUGCGGCGUCACAUGGUGCAGUGUUGAGAGCCGAAGUGGGGGUAGCCUCGGUGGCUUCGGCUCCGGCCGUCACAGCUACUGACAGUUGUGUGCGAGACGACCAGUCGAACGGGUGUUUGUUGCGCGGGAGUGCAUCCGAGAAAGGUGAAAAAGUGGCCCGGAGAAGUGAUUUUGAUUGCCAUGUCCCAGUGAUGAGGUUCAGUGUGCCCGCCGGGACACCAGCCCCCGAGGGCGCCGCCACUGUUUUUGUAGCGGACGCGCCGCGGCCCAGCCUCACGAUUCACGUGAACCAGAGUGAUCAAGAGCAGGAUGUGGUUAACCAGCCGUCUGGUGUGAGUAUUGUUAAUUGUUAUCGAGCAGUGCCUGUGCAACUUGUAAAUAGUGCUAAGAGUGAGUCACAUGUGAAUGCCAAUGAGUGCGCCGAGACCGGUGACACGCAAGUGAGUGAGUGUCCACGCCAAGAGGACAUAGUGAGUGCAUACCCAGAACGUACGUUCACGUCCACUGAGGCGCAAACGGAUGAUCUGCCAGUGCGUGGAACGGAAACAACUUUGAGCCAGGGUGGGAUUAGUGCGCGUGAGCAGAGACGCAGGGAACGCCGGGAGAGGAGGCAGGCACGCACGAGGUCUCAACAUAUUCAUCCACCGGGGGCGGUGGUGAGACCGGCAUUCGAAAUAUUGCCUGAUAUUCUCAACAGUCACCUGCCGCCACCCUAUUCUACCCUGCCCCUCGAUUCAUCAUCGCCGCCACCUCCACCACUCUUGCCGCCGCCACUCAUCCCCACAAUCCCCGUGGGACCCGUGGUGGCAGCCAGCGACACCCGAUACGUCUUCCCAUUGCCCAUCAUCAGACGGUCGCCGUCAGAACGUUCGGGCAAGGGAUGUUGUGGUCAGUGGUUUGCCGGACCCCCCUUGCGAGCCCUGAUAGCAGUCGUGGCACUGGGUGGAGUGGCUUGUGCGAUUGGUGGAGCAGCCCUGGGUGCCACUGGAUUAGCUGGACCACCGUCAUCCCACUUGACGGCCGCUCUUCUGAUGAUAGGCGUGGGGAUCAUCCUGGUAACAGUGAGUGGUGCUGCUUGGCGGAUGACGGCUCCAGGGGCUCCUCCGUGCUUGGGUCUGGGAUCUGGGGCUGACUUUGACCGAUGCGGUAGGCGUCCAUGUAGUGGACGUGGUGCUCCACAUGGUCUCCUCUAUCCAGAGUUCCAGCAUAGGCCACCACCUCCAUCCUACCAGGCCAGCAUGCAGGAGUACCGACUAAGGCUCCUUCUUCUGGACCGAGAUCGCCAGGCGGGUGUUGUUAGGGGUGCGUCUCCACCACCCACGUAUCGAUCGGACGCCGGAAGUCUCCUGAGGCCCUCUCUGCGGUGCAACAGUCCUGCUGUGAGUGUUCUUGGCUCACGCCAACAAGCAGCCCAAGUAUCUGAACAUAGCCUGCCACCGAGCUAUCGUGCCCGCAGUCGGCAUCGUCGGGGCGGCUCCAGAAUCCCCGAAGCAACUACAGACGUCAGUAUUACGCCAGAACAGCAGCAGCAUCUGCAGCAGAUGGCAGUGGGAGCCACAGAGACAGCGGCAGAGACGCCGCCGGAGAGAGUCAGUGAAAAUAGUCAGGCGGCCACGGAGGACGCCAAGGAACAAGUGGACAGGCCGCUGGACAAUCCAGAGGUAUCGGCGGACUCGAGGUGCUCAAGUCGACUGAGUCAGAAGGACCUCGUGACCAUCGUGACAAUCUCCGGCACUUGCAGUGAAGCCAAUGUGCAGAAUGCCACAAGUGAGAUGGACAUUCUUGCUCAUCUGUAGAGAUUGGGGCUCUACAGUCCCCUAGCAAUUCAUCACUGUUCAUUUGAGCCGUAAUGGACGGCAUGUAGAUAGAAACAAAGAGCCCACUUAGGAGGAUGUUUGAGGAGAACAACUAAAACCAUGUGCCUGAUAAAUGAAAGAGAAAUAUAAAGAGAAGAUUAUUGUGUAAUAAUAAUGUUGAAAAAGAAUUAAAAAUAAAUCAAUUGACGAAAAA